AAUGGAUCAUCCUAAAAUGCCAUAAUAAAUUCCUCUUUCUAAUACCAGGACAACUUAGCUGGUGUGAACACAGAGCAGUAUGAAAGCACUGAGUAGGAGAAAACUCAGUAUAACAUUUAAUAUUGUUAAACAAACAUGAGCAUUGAAGUUCAGCUCUCAGCAGUUAUAUGAACCAUUGGCAUGAAGUACAGGACAGACAACAGAAGAUAUCUAGAAAUAAACAUGGACCCUGUAUUCCAAACUUACAUAUUAACUCCAGGAGUGUUCUUGCUAACACUGCACAAUGCUGCAAGGGAAAAUUCCAGAGAGCUUUCAAGAUGCCCCAUUGCACUCACUGCACUGAAUUUCAGCUCUGCCCUCCCAGCCCUUAGCUGUAGUUUUCUGGAGACUUCUUUGGUACAGCCUGAGAGCAUCUCAAGACUUGUUUUACGACAUCAUUCAGCAAUACCACAGUUCUUUACCACCUUGUAGUCAUCCACAAAAUACCUAAACGUGUGUCUCUGUGCCACUGAAUGCUCUCUUAGGAUUUGAAAGGAGAUGGGUCUUCUCUGACAGAGGGAUAUGGUCAGUAAAAUAAUUACAGACUGGAUUAACAAGCUCUUUCCUCAGAUUUUGUUAGGCUAAAGCAGCACAGGUCUGAACAGUACAGAUUGUUCAUCAAGUCCCAUCAUUCUCCAGAAAUGUGAGAUUUUGCUACAAACAAUCCCCAUGUCUAACAUUAUGACAUUUCUAACAUUGCUUUUCUGCCCACCUGGCUGUCCUGCACCAUCCUUCAUGUAAGAGUUACCCAAAUAACCCAUAAAUUCCCAAAAGAGAGCCUUGUUCAUUUAAAUCACCAACAGAAUGCUGUCGUUUACCUACAAAAAUAUCAGGAGCACACUUGGGAAAAAUGCAGAUUUUUUUUCAACAGCAGCAGCAUGUAGAAAUGUAAUUGUGUGAAACUAUUCUGUGAACUCAUGUGAGUUUUAUGUGGUUAUUCCAGGAGAAAAGAAUGGCCUUUCUGGAAUGCAGGAUGCAUUGCCUUGGCAUUUUCCUUAAUGAAAACUGCCUGCAAAUAUUUUGAGCUUACACAUGUCAUCUGCUUUAUUUCAAAUGUCUUUUAAAGUUCACACUCAAACAAAAGCAAGUAUUUUGCAUGUACUUAGUCAAAUUUCCAGAAAACUGAUCAUUGAAUUGUUCUUACACUUCCCAUUAGGAAUAACACAGAGUUAUGCCAAACUGCCCACCUGAGGAAGAAAAACAGAGUAGAAAAGGGAACCUUAAAGACUAAGGGAGUGUUUGGAGACCACCUGCUCGGCUCUAGCACGUGGGUGCUCACAAAGCAAAGAGCUGCAAGGCAGCACAAAGCCUCCAGGUCUGUGGGUUGAUAUACACACACUGGGGACAUAAAUUCAUUAAAAUAAAUCGUAGUAUCUCCCACUGGGAAGCUACAAUACUUUGCACUCAGCAAGGAUCCAACCUUGUACUUGUUUGGGAAUUUUUGAAGCAUCUCACUGGGUGUCCUAUAAAACUAAUUUUGAUUUUAUUCCAUGUGCUGGUCCUCUGUGCAAAGUGCACAUUUCUUCCUGACUGAUCUCCUAAGGUACUGACUAAUCAAUGGGAAAUGUUUCAGAGAGGAGAGCAAUGUUUAAUUAAGAGAUUACUCUUGGGAGGAUGUCAGUACAAAUGAUAAAUUGCAAAAAUUGCAAAAAUGACAGCUCUUGCAAAUGUUUACCCAUACCCACAGAAAACCAGAGCAGGUCCUAACAAAUUCAGAUGCUCUAAUCAGCCACGGGUGUUUAGAUGAGCCAUCUCAUCUUAAUAAAGUGACUUAGAAUUAAAAUUCUAUAAUUUCAAGUGGACUGAGCCCUCUCUGGAUGAGCUGUUGCUAUACAAUACCAACAUGUUUUGCUUUUGAACAAAUACUAGCAAAAAAAAAGCCUAUAGGAUUAGCCCUGAUAACUUUUUUGACUGAUGCCUUGAACUCCUUGUUUGUCAUUUGAUAAGGAAAUUUACGCAAAACUUUAUCUUUUUUGAGUGCUGGGAGGUUCAACCUCUUCAGGACGAAAAGGCCCACAGUAACAAGACAGAAUAAAUAACUAAUAUCAAAUUAAUUUUUUACAAGGGCAGCUGAAGUUUUGUAAUCUUCUUCAGGCCAAAUAGAAAUUUAGAAAUGCCAGCUUGAGGGUUAAUAUUUUACAAGGGUAGUAAAGAGUAUAUAAGCAAAUUCUUUUCCUUCCAUCUUCCUAGCAUUUUUGAGCAAUUUUGCUCACAUCAUAACCUGAAACCAUGAAGUGGUUAACAUUAAUUUCAUUUAUUUUUCUCCUGAGUUCUGCCAGGUCCAGGAUUCUGCAAAGAACUGCACGAGAUGCAGAGCACAAGAGCCCGAUUGCCCACCGCUUCAACGACCUGAAGGAAGAGACAUUCAAGGCAGUUACCCUGAUCACAUUUGCCCAGUACCUGCAGAAGUGUUCCUACGAUGGGCUGUCUAAGCUGGUGAAGGAUGUUGUUGACUUGGCACACAAGUGUGUGGCCAACGAGGACGCUCCCGAGUGCUCAAAACCACUGCCCUCUAUUUUCCUGGAUGAGAUCUGCCAAGUGGACAAGCUCCGUGACUCGUACGGUGACAUGGCUGACUGCUGUGGGAAAGCUGACCCCGAGAGGAACCAGUGCUUCCUGUCCUACAAAGUUCACCAGCCAGACUUCAUCGCCCCAUACCAGAGACCAGCUGCUGAUGUCAUCUGCAACGAGUACAAGGACCACCGCGUGCAGCUCCUGGGAAAUUUCGUCUAUACUGUUGCAAGAAGAAAUCCCUUCCUGCACGCCCCAGCCAUCCUGGGUCUGGCUGCUGAGUAUGAAAAUGCACUUAAAAGCUGUUGUCCAGAGAGUGAUGUUGGUGCUUGCUUGGAUGCAAAGGCAGCUGUCAUCAAGGAGAGAGCCAAGAAAAUUGGUGUGAAGCAGAAGCACGACUGUGGAGUCCUGGAUAAGUAUGGUGAGAGGACUUUCCAAGCAAGUAAACUUGCUCGCCUGAGCCAGAAAUACCCCAGGGCUCCAUUCCCAGAACUUGUUAAGCUGGUGCACGAUCUGAAGGAUGCCUACCAUGAGUGCUGUGAAGGGGACAUGGUAGAAUGCGUGGAUGACUGGUCAGAGCUCAUAGCCUCUUUGUGCUCCAAACAAGACGUUUUCUCAAGCAAAAUCAAGCCCUGCUGUGACCUGCCACCUCUGGAACGGACCAAGUGCAUCAUCGAGGCAGAUUUUGAUGACAAGCCAGACAAUCUUCCUUCACUAGUUGAAAAAUACAUUGAAGAUAAAGAAGUGUGUAAAACCUAUGAGGCAAACCAUGAUGCAUUCCUGUCAGAGUUUGUCUAUGAAUAUUCACGAAGACACCCUGAGUUCUCCACACAGCUGAUCCUGAGGAUUGCUAAGGGAUAUGAAACGCUCUUGGACAAGUGCUGCAAGACAGACAACCCUGCUGAGUGCUACGGAAACGCUCAAGAGGAACUGAACAAGCUGGUCAAGGAAAGCCAGGAUGUUGUGAAAACAAACUGCGAGCUGUUCAAAACCCAUGGAGAGGAAGAGUUCCUUAAAGGAAUCCUGGUCCGCUACACCAAGAAAAUGCCCCAGGUAACAACUGACACCUUGCUGGAAAUCGGGAAGAAAAUGACGGCAGUUGGCAGCAAGUGCUGCAACCUUCCUGAGGAGAAACGCUUGUCAUGUUCUGAGCACUAUCUGAGCAUCAUCAUUGAAGACAUGUGCAAGAGGCAGCAGACCACCCCUAUCAACGACCAGGUUUCCCAGUGCUGCAACGACCUCUACUCCAACAGGAGGCCGUGUUUCACUGCCAUAGGCGUCGACACCAAAUAUGUGCCUCCACCCUUUGACCCCACGCUGUUCAGUUUUGAUGAAACCUUGUGCACCGCUUCUGCGGCUGAGCGCGAAGCAGGGCAGCUGAAAUUGCUCGUCAACCUCAUCAAGCGCAGGCCCCAGAUAACAGAAGAACAACUAAAGACAAUUGCUGGGGGUUUCACUGCCAUGACUGAGAAGUGCUGCAAGCAGGCAGAUAUUCUCGCAUGCCUUGGAGAAGAGGGUGCUACCCUAAUACUCCAGAGCAGAGCCACACUGGGAAUUGGUGUUUAACCCAAGGCAGGUUGCCAGCGG